UGGGGUUGGGACCCUUCCCCGGGAGUUGGCCCCAGGCGGGGCGGGCGUUGCCGGGAGGCGGAGGGCAGCUCGGCCGCAAGUCCUGCGGUGAUCGCUAGCAUGUGUGCGUGCGCGUGUUUAUCUGAGGCCGCGUGCGGCGGGAGCCCUGUCGCCUCCUGCUCCGGCUAACUCGGGUCGGAAACCGGUGCCUAGCGACAGCGACACCUAGCCCGGAGCCGACCCACUCCUCCCCGCCGAGCGGGCGCCCCCAGAUCGCGCCCUCUCCUUGGCCCGCCUAAAGGGGACAACUCCGGCCCCUAGCCCUGGCCGUGAGGGAGCGCCGUGGGGACGCGCCGCCCUCCGCCUGGAAGUGUUGGGCAGGUGGUGGGAGUUCCUAAGGCUUGAACAACAGGAUUUUAAAGCACGUGUCUGUCUCUAUCAUUUUUACUUUUAGGGUUUUGGCCAGAUUGGGCGAGGGCACAAUAUAACCACUUACCCCUUCUCACCGAGGAAGAACGGGAGAAAGGGUAUGGCACAGUCACAAGGCUGGUUGAAGAGAUACUUCAAAGCCUUUUGUAGAGGCUUUUUUGUGGCGGUGCCCGUGGCAGUGACUUUCCUGGAUCAGGUCGCCUGCGUGGCAAGAGUGGAAGGAGCAUCAAUGCAGCCUUCUUUGAAUCCUGGGGGGAGCCAAUCAUCUGAUGUGGUGCUUUUGAAUCACUGGAAAGUGAGGAAUUUUGAAGUACAGCGUGGUGACAUUGUGUCAUUGGUGUCCCCUAAAAACCCGGGACAGAAGAUCAUUAAGAGAGUGAUUGCUCUUGAAGGAGAUAUUGUAAAAACUAUAGGACACAAAAACCGGUAUGUCAAAGUCCCCCGUGGUCACAUCUGGGUUGAAGGUGAUCAUCAUGGACACAGUUUUGACAGUAAUUCUUUUGGUCCGGUUUCCCUGGGACUUCUGCAUGCCCAUGCUACACAUAUCCUGUGGCCUCCAGAGCGUUGGCAGAAAUUGGAAUCUGUUCUUCCUCCAGAGCGCUUGCCAGUUCAGAGUGAAAAGGAAUGACUGCAUGGGUCUCCCUGAGCUGCCAGCAUUGGGAGGUCAACACCAUCGAUCACAGGCAGAGGGAUGGAGAAGAGGAACCUCCAAAAAGGGCAAAGCUUCCAAGAGAAGGAUGCUGUGAAAGAACAUUUCUAUUACAUUAAGAUGAUCUGUAUUAUUAAAGAAAGAGUUUUUAAAAAUUAAAUAGUAUUAAAUGGCACCUGAUUUUGUGUUAAAUUAUAACACCCUAUUGUUUAAUGCCAAAAAAAUGCAAAUCUUUGGAAAUAUGAAAAUUUUAUUCCCGUAUGUCUUCUAGGGGAUAAAUCUGAGAUUAUUUGUUAUGCAUACUUCUUAUUCUGUUGAUUGUUGGGUUUUGAUUUUGGUGCUUGCUGCUGAAGAAAUAUGAAAAUUAAUAUUUGAUGGAAGUAAUUGAGUAAUUUACUCUUAAGAUGGAACACGAAGAUACAUAUUGUACACACAGUGAUAGAAAUUAUGUUGUAAUUGACAGUAUCUAGAAUGCAAUGACUGCCAGUUAGGAAGAACAGUCAACUGUCAUGUAAAAAUAAAAAGGAUUUGCUCAGGUAUCUGUUGAGUGUUUAUCUUAACUUGUACAUCCAUUAAUGAGGAAUAUAUUAUCUCUUUUGGAAGUAAGGUAUUAAAGUAAUGGAAAACCAAUUCAAUCAAUACUUCCAUAUAAUGAAACCUUUCUUAUUGGCCUUUUUUAAUCCAAAACUUCUGAGUUAUCUCAUGUCUAUUCACAUUGAUGUGUAAACCCAUUUAUCAGUAUUCGGUUACCAUUUGGUGAAAUGUUCUGAGUGAAAUGGAAAAAAAAAAAUUCCUCCAGAUCAACCAAGUUUGAUUUUUUCAGUGUUCGUGUCUAUAAAACUGAAAUAAUGAAUUGCAAAGUGGUAGAUUAGAAUAAUAGAUUCUAUAAUUGUAUAAAGAGGUAAAUUACCUACAUGCAAGUCUAUGUUUAUGAAGUUUUUCUUCUUUUUUCUUCCCAUUGGUUAGAGGUUUGUGCUGAUGGAAACUAAGUCUCUGGACCAAUCUCUUCUGUAUGCCAGGUCUUGUUUUCUUCUCUUUCAUUAGCAGAUAUCCCAAACAAGGACCAGCCAUCUUGCAAAUGUGGAUGCAAACUCAUCAUUAGCUGGCAGGAACAGAGCAACAGCAAAAAAAAAAAUAUGCAUAUUAAGAGCAUAUGUUACUAAUAAUAAUUCAUUAGCAUCGUAAUAGUUUGUACAACAAACAUCAAUGAGUACUUAUGUGCUAAAGUUGGGCAAAAUUAUCAUUUUUAAAAGCAGAUUUGCUUGAAAUCUUUUGAUGGGUCUUCAUUACAUUUAUUAGUUCUUCAAUUCCAUUUCCCUCUCUUCCGCAACUUCAACUUCAUGCUCUAGCUUUUAACUGCAGUUUACCAAAUACUCAUUGCUAUUUCAAGGCUUGCAAUGUUUUUCCCUUGGCAAAGUGCAUCCCCUGGGAUUAUAUGUAAAAUAUUGAGUGCAUAAGGGUAUCGACCCUUUAGCUGCUAGAACAUAGGAAAGCCUGAGGAUCAUGG